AUGCCGAUUCGAAUCCUCAUCGGCAACACGUGGUUGGAUAUAGCCACAACUGCCACUGGAGCCACAACUGCCACUGGACAGGCUUUCCAAAUCAACAGGCUUUCUCGGUUCUUGCCUGAAACUUGCCACAUUGCUUGCACUCCACAAGCAUCAUUACCACUGCUUCGAAAGCUGGAUUAUCCCAUUCACCAUACAUCAAACGAGGGACGCGAGCAGCAGCUUCCCAAUGCGCCCAGCAAGAAGAUCAAGUCAUUAGACCGAGUGAGCGACCUCCGGCACCGCCAGUCCAAGGAGAUUCAAUGGUGGAGCCCCGGACCGUUGACCACGUACCUGUCUUGCUACCUGGGCGGUUUUGUGUCACUUGGUAGUCUAAAGAAGGCUAUCACUGCUACGCCUUCGACUAUCCCAAAUGUCCAGGAGGUCUAG